GUGUGUUUGGGAUUUGCAGUAAGCCUUACGAAAAGUAUGUGUGGAAUGGCAAACUUCUGGAGGCAGUGAAAAAUACUGUUCAUCGGGACUGGUUGCUGUAUAUUAUUCAUGGAUUCUGUGGGCAAUCAAAGCUGCUAAUAUACGGUCGCCCUAUAUAUGUCACUCUGAUAGCCAGAAGAUCAAGCAAAUUUGCUGGAACACGUUUUCUGAAACGAGGAGCAAACUGUGAGGGAGAUGUUGCUAAUGAAGUGGAAACUGAACAAAUACUUUAUGAUGCUUCAGUUAUGUCAUUUUCGGCAGGGAGUUAUUCUUCCUAUGUUCAGGUUCGAGGAUCUGUCCCUCUAUACUGGUCUCAAGAUAUUUCAACUAUGAUGCCUAAGCCACCCAUAACAUUGGACCAAGCAGAUCCUUUUGCACAUGUUGCUGCUCUUCACUUUGACCAAAUGCUUCAGAGAUUUGGCUCUCCGAUUAUUAUUUUGAAUCUUGUGAAGGAACGUGAAAAAAGAAAACAUGAAAGGAUUCUUAGUGAAGAACUUGUUGCUGCUGUGACAUAUCUCAACCAGUUUUUACCCCCAGAGCAUGCAAUUAUAUAUAUACCCUGGGAUAUGGCCAAAUACACAAAAAGCAAACUUUGUAAUGUCCUUGAUAGACUGAAUGUGAUUGCAGAAAGUGUAGUAAAGAAGACUGGAUUUUUUGUAAAUCGACCUGAUUCCUACUGCAGUAUCUUGCGGCCAGAUGAAAAGUGGAAUGAACUGGGAGGUUAUGUUGUUUCCACUGGUCGCUUGCAGACUGGAGUUCUCCGAACCAAUUGUGUGGACUGUUUAGAUCGCACUAACACAGCCCAGUUUAUGGUGGGAAAGUGUGCUUUGGCAUACCAACUCUAUUCAUUGGGACUGAUCGAUAAACCAAACUUACAAUUUGAUACAGAUGCUGUUAGAUUAUUUGAAGAAUUAUAUGAAGAUCAUGGAGACACGCUUUCUCUGCAAUAUGGAGGUUCUCAGCUUGUCCACAGAGUAAAAACGUACAGAAAGAUAGCUCCAUGGACUCAACAUUCCAAAGAUAUUAUGCAAACACUCUCAAGAUACUAUAGUAAUGCUUUCUCAGAUGCAGACAGGCAAGAUUCUAUCAAUCUCUUUCUGGGAGUAUUCAAGCCUACAGAAGGAAAACCUCAUCUCUGGGAACUUCCCACUGAUUUUUAUUUGCAUCACAAGAACACCCUCAGUCUGUCACAGACCAGGCGAAGCUAUACUUACUGGUGGACCACAGGUGUGCUGAAGCAUUUACCUCUUCCUUUUGAUGAAGUGACAUGCGCUGAAAACAGACGUAAGUUGACAGUGAAGAAAUUCCACAAGUAUGAAGAGGAAAUUGAUAUCCACAAUGAGUUUUUUCGGCCGUAUGAGUUGAGCAGUUUUGAUGAGACCUUCUGCUUGGCAAUGACCAAUUCUACACGAGAUUUUAUGCCUAAGAAUGUGGGGAUUGAUCCAAGUCCAUUUACUGUUCGUAAACCUGAUGAAACUGGAAAAUCAGUGUUGGGGAACAAAAGUAAUAGAGAAGAAACCGUGCUGCAGCGCAAAACAGCUGCUAGUGCUCCUCCACCUCCAAGUGAGGAAGCAGUGUCAAGUAGUUCUGAAGAUGAUUCUGGGACAGACAAAGAAGAUGAAGGUGCUGUUUCUCAACGUUCAACUCCAGUAAAGGUGACUGAUACAGGAGACAAUACCAAAAUGACAGAGAAUGUAGUGCAAUCAACAAAAGAUGUGUAUGGAGUCAAUCUUUCAGAUGUUCCUUCAGAGGAUGAUCUCACAAUAUACGCUAGGUUUGUUCAGCUGGGACAGAGUCAGCAUAAACAAGACAAGAGCAGCCAGCUAUUUUGCUCAAAACACCACUUGGAUAGGGUUAUAAAUUUAAUACCCAUCUCCUCCUUUUCUCAAGACAAUAUUUAUGAAGUCCAGCCUCCAAGAGCUGAUAGGAAGUCAAUAGAGAUUUUUCAUGCGCACAUUCAGGCUGGAAAAGGAAACAUGCAGCCACUGGGAAAAGAUGACUUCCUCAUGUACAGAGAGUACAUUCGAAACAGAUACAUGUAA